AUGCGUACACCUUCUCUCCUGAGCGCCAUCGUCCUCGCUGCAGGCACGGUUGACGCAUGGGUCCACCUAGACCCGUCCAUCAUCCCUCACAUCCCUACUCCCCUCCCUCUUCUCACCCUCGGACCUCCAUCCACAUUCCCAACCACUCUCCUCAACGAACUCAUCAAUGAGUCCCACCCAUCGCAUCACUCCGUCGAACUCAAGCCCAAUAAAACCAUGGGACCGGGCCUCUACGCGCACCUCGAUGAUCGAUUGGUGGGGUACGUCGACCCAGAGACCGGUGAAGCCCACAUCUACCCCAACCUCGCGAGGAUAACACCUGUUCCUGCCAACGAGACCUAUGAAGGAAGGUUCGACGUGACCGAGGCAGUAUGGUCGCUCCUGGGGAUGAAAGAGGCGUUCCCGGAGGACGAUACCACCUUGAAUGUUGUCCACGACGGAAGUUUGGUUGGGAGCAGUGUCUUUGCUCCGGGGCAGUACCACCAAAAUGGGUCGCAUGCGGUGGCUGCUUAUUCGGACGUCGAAGGGAGGGAGGAGGUGUAUUGGACGAAUGGGGUUAUCGAGCGCUCGAUCACGUUCGAAGGACAGACUUACCCAGUCUGUGGUCCGGGAAGCCAUGCAACGUUCAGCGUAGGCCCUUCCCAACAGGUCUACUCCCUCUCCUACACCUGGCGCCCUGCUCAUUUUGCCUUCUCGGCCACUGGCCAUGCGGGUGGUGGGAAGCACCAUUCAUUCAAAGCUCACAACGGCUCUGCGCACACGAAUCUUCAGCCGCAACCCCAAACUCCCCACUUCAUCACACCCAAAUCCGCCCACGACAUCAAGGGCCAGAUCAAGCACCAGCUCCAGUCGACUGGCCGGAAGACCAGUUUGGUCAAGGUUGAAGAGGUUGACGUCUGUUAUUACGAUGGGAACAAGGGCUACAUGCAGCCCGUGUACCGGUUCUUCGGUCGGACGCAUGCGAGUGAGGGGAGAGGGAAGGCGCCAGGCAUGGGACCCAAAAAGCAGGGAAAGGAUGGUGGCGCCGUCACUGAACCCGUGUAUGUUGUCGGCUACGUUCCAAUCGGCGAUGGUAGUCCAGAAAAGGUACCCACUGUCGAAGAGACUUCUAUUGGAGAUGGGAAGGGUGAAGAGCCCAUCGAGAAUUGGGCCGACAAGAAGAACAAGGGCUCGAAGGGUAAACGACAGGAGAGCGAAGGCCUGAACUACUUCCAGGCCGCCUCUCAGAAGCUUUCCUCCUUUGCGCCUCGAUCUUCAGACGAAGACGACCUCGAUCCACGCGCCAUUUCCCUCCCCAGCAUCCGUGUAGGCCGUUACGUUGUGCGCAACGACAUUCCCGAGUGGACUGCGAGCGCCCGCUCCUUCCUUUCCUCACUCAACUCCCACCGACGCCUCGCCACCUGGGACAACACCCACUUCUACUGGAGCCGACCGUUCCUCUACACCACUUCCAAAGACCAGUUCAUCAACAACGUCGAUAUCGCACUCACCGAAGCGCACGGCUCGUUCCACCUGUUCACCACAGACGCGAACUGCUGCGACAUCGUCGACGUUGAGGACGAUAUUCCCGCUGGAGGACUGAACGGCUACGGUGCCUCAUCGACUGCCACCAAAAAGCAGGGACUCAGUUACUGGGUCAUCCAUUCCUGCGAAGUCCUCCCAACCUCGUACGACUUCCCCUCUGCCUCGUCCCCCGCUGAAGCCCGUCGCCUUGCGUAUGCACCCUGGUGGGACGUCUUCAACGGUUUACACGCCGUCCUCAGCUACCGCACUCAGAUGUACAUCCAGGACCACGCCACGGCUGAGUUUGGGCGCAGCGUUGCGCUUGGUGUACCUGUGGUUGAGGCGUGGAUGAAGGCCGUGAGUGGGGAUAGGAUUUACAGAGGCAGGAAGACGUAUUAUAGUCGGAAUGCUGGGAGGGAUCAGCCGUUUGGGCGGGCGAGCGCUGUGUUUGUGUGCGGCCAUGAGGGAGAUAGGGUGUGGGAUCGAGAGGAUCUUGGAAGGCCUGGAUGUUUGAGGAUGGUUUGGUACGAGAAUUGA